ACCAGGGGCGGACUGACCAUUUGGAAACUCGGGCACUGCCCAAGGGCCCGGGGUCAGUAGGGGGCCCCAUGAGAUGCCCCUAUUACCUUUUUCAUAGGCUUUUUUGAGUUUGGGCAAGGACACAGGGGCCCCAUGAUCCCCUAUUGCCCAGGGGCCCCAUGAGGUGUCAGUCCGCCCCUGCUUUGAAAAUGGACAUUAAUGAAAAUGAACAUUUGUCUCCCAAUCAUUUCAAUGGGGUUCAGAUUCUGAAUCAGAGCUUUGAUAACGUUUGCAGAACAAAAUCUGGGUAUGUUCUGCUCAUCCCCAGUCACAAUUAUAUCUGU